AUGUCCGGUAACAACGGUAACAACAACGGCAAGGGCAGCUCCAAGAGCCAGUCCUCCAAUCAGUCCUCCAACAAUUCCUCUGGAGGAGGUUCCUCGUCCAACUCCAAAGUCGCCCAGUUCUCCGAAGCCAAGCCCGGCCAACCCAUGUCUGACUACGAGUACCUCAAGCCCUGGGGCGGCAGGACAGGGUUUAUGGCUUCCUACGGAAUUAAGCCUACUCCCGAGGGCUUUGAGGAGUCCAGAGAGCUGAUCGAUCAGAUGAGGGAGAAGUCGGGGUUUGGCAAGAGCCCUUACCGCGAGUAG